AUGAGACACCGUCACGUCUCUAUUAGUGACUCGGAAUCCGAGUAUUCAGAGUCCGACGUCUCCAUGAUGGAGGCCCCCAGGUAUAGGAGACGCUCCGUCUCACGAACUCGUCACAACCCCAGCUAUAGCACCACCUACCUCACCCCUGUCAUGCAGGAUGUCCGCGUGCACCGUUCUGCCUCCACCGGCCGCCACCAGUAUCGGGAGCGCGAAAAGGACCAAUAUCGGGAGCGUGUCCAGCCCACGGCUGUUAUUGUCGACAUCAAGAACGAGUCCGCAAACAAGAGCGUCGACCGUAGCGGCAAUAAAACCCGCAAGACCCGUCAGCGUGAAGAAAACACUUACAUCGACCCUUAUGAGUCCGAGGACGAGACCGUCCUCAGACGUCCUCGUCGAUCGAACCGCGUCCAGGCUAGUGCGAGUGUCUCGCGAGAUGCGUCACCCCGCCCGCCCGCCCGCGACUAUGAUCUGGUCAUCGAUCAGCGGAUGCUUGAGAAGAACGACCAGCGCCAGGACCUCGAGCUGCUGCGACAACAACAGGAGAUUGAGCGGCUAGAGCGCCAGCUGGCUCGUCACCGGGAGGAUAAUGAAUUCCGGAUCCUGAAGGAGGAGGAGGACCGGUAUGAAGAUGAUAUCAGUGACCGGUUGCGACGACUUCAGCGGUACGAGGAGAAGGAGCGAGCGGAUGAGGAACAGCCGGAUGAGGAAAAGCGAAGGGCAGAGCACCGACUUAAGUUGCAGAAACUUGAACGGGCGGAGCGGGAAGCUGCCGAGAAGGAUGAAGUUCGUCAGAAGCUGCACCAGGAGAAGCUUCAGGAACUUCAACGCAAGAUCGAGGAGGAAGAGAAACGUGAAAAAAUCAAGAAGGAGAUCCGCGACGAGGAGAUCAGAAAGAAGCUUGAGGAUCAAGAGCGACUGGAGAAGGAAAAAGCCAUGAAAGCUGCAGCAGUUGAGGAGUGGAAGCUGGCUGAACAAAAGCGAAUACUGAAAGAGCUCGAGGAAAAGGCCAAGAAGGAGAAGGAGUUUAAGGACCGGUUACGUAUAGACUUGGGCUAUACCGAAGAGGAGAUUGAAGCCAUCAUCAACAAGAAGCAUGGCAAAGACAAGGAGAAGGAGAAGAAGGACAAGGACGAUGAAAAUAAAGAGGAAGACCACAAGGCGACUUGGAUCAAGGUGAGAAGAAUACCCAAUUAUUGGACGGUAGUGUUCAAGUAUGUUUUUGUACUAACUACAACGCGUAUCCAGGUCCAUCGCAAGCAUCUUCUCCCAGACACAUUGAUCGCCUAUCAACUACCCUGGGCGUGGGAUGAACGUGACGGAAACUAUAUUAUUAUCAAAACUUGGGUUAGCGAGGACCUGCAAGAAGAGCUAUUCGCCCACACACGCCGACUACGCGAAGGCAAGCUCAUCACUCAAACAUCCAGCACCCUCACUGAACUCAAGGUGAACGACCGGAAGAAAGACAAAAUGUAUAUUGUGCGAAAGAAGAGCCCUAGUCGAAGGGCAUGGAUUUUCACCUAA